GUGGCUCGGGAGGGCUGGCAGCAGUGGGUCCAGUGUUUACAUCAUGGGGGAGGGCCUGAACCUCGUCCUUUUUAUCCUUUUCGUGGUAUUUUCCGGCCCUUCACGUGUCACCGGGGAGCAGCAGCAGAGCGAUGACCCCUCGACCCCUGACCUCUGUGUGCCCCACUCCCCGAGGGUCAACUGUUCCUAUUUACCCCUAGAGUUCCUUGACUGCCAGGAGCUGACGGACCACCAGGGGAACCACUCAGCCCGCGACGACGAGGGUUACGGCUGCGUCAAGUUUGGAGGGCAGAGGUUUGAGGACGUUGAGAUCACCAAGGUGUAUUGCACAGUGUUGCAGGGCAUUGAGUGUUGCGGGGAGAGACAGUUCCUGCGUGAUGGCUUCCCGUGCAUCAAGUACAGUGGGCACUACUUUGUGACCACCCUCAUCUACAGCGUCCUGCUCGGCUUCUUGGGCAUGGACCGAUUUUGCCUGGGCCACACCGGGACAGCCGUGGGGAAGCUGCUGACACUGGGCGGUGUGGGGAUAUGGUGGGUUGUGGACAUUGUGCUUCUCAUCACGGGCUCCCUCACACCCGAGGACGGCAGUAACUGGAACCCUUAUGUGUGA